AUGGUAAAUACCGUCAAUUUACCUGCACACUUGGUGCCACAAGCGUUUAUGAAUCAACAAGAGGAUCAUAACCACAAUGACUACAACCACCAUCUGGAUAUACAUCAACAACCACAGACACUGCAUUACCAUCCAUCGAGGCAGAGUCCUCAAAAACGACAGGGGUCACACCAGUCGUCAGCUCUGUAUCAGCAACAGCAGCAACUGGUACUGUACAAUCCGCCCCAUAAUUCAAGUCAAAAUUCACUUCAUACAGACAGCCAUCUUCACAAUCAUCAGCACCCAAUGAAACAUGCUCAGUACUCGCACUCAUUACCAAGUCCACAUCAUCACUCACCACAAAAGCGCCCUCCUCCUCCUCAACAGCAACAACAGCAACAACAGCAACAACAGCAACAGCAACAGUAUCAACCAGCAUCAUAUACUGCGCUUGGUCUGAAUCAAGUGCUGUCAACCCCUACAUACCCCUCAAGGUCGUCGAGUGACUAUUCUAGCUCUACGUCAAAUGCCAACUAUCCCUCUUUAGAACCCUCGCGUCAAAACCAACCUUGGGGAUUUCAAGAUGAGCAAAUGUCGACAGUAGAGCCUAACGUAAAUGGUAACCAUGCGGUGCUCCAGCUGUAUCAGACUAACCAGCAUCCAAUGCCAACACAAUCGCAAUCCUAUUACAUGAAUCACGGUACUAAUAAUCAAAAUUAUACACAAAAUUUGAACCAGAGGACAGGGAGUUUACCACAAUUUGACGGAUAUGCUCAGUCUAGGUAUGGUAAUGAUUAUGAUCUGACUGCUCCGUAUGCUUCACAUCCAAACAAAUCAGCACUGUCAUUGUCAUACGAUACUGGGUACCAGUCGCAAGGAAGGGCCGGUGGUGCAAAUGUUCCUUAUCCCACUGACACUCGCACAUCUCAAUAUCCACCACAAUACCCUACUAUCCACGAGCAAUCAGAGCAAAAUGUACCUUCACUCAAGACACGAAAGGCUCCCACAACGAACUUACCACCCAUACAAACUGAUAUAAUGAACACUUAUGCUGAUAACAGAAGGAUCGUUUCCUCUCCACAUCUGCAGUUUUCUCCACGUCCGGUAACUCAAGAUGCAAGAACAAAGUCAUUGUCCAGUACAUCAAGGGCCAAAGCUGUGCAACAGCAAGUUCAACUCAAUCAACAACAUAACCACCCCGAUCCGUCUGGUAACAACCCUCGUCCAUUAUCCGGUGAUAGAGCAGGUUCUUCAACGUCGUUGCACCACACUUUUUCGUUAUCAUCAAAAUCGCGUUCGUUUAGCUCCCUUAGUAAGUUUUCAUCAUCGUUGUCGACAAAAAAGCUCAAUUCAUCUUCAUCGUUGAAUAAGAGCGAUAGAACAAGCAAUGCCAGUUCAAAAACUAUGGUUCCUGUGCAUGUGGGCCCAAAGGCGGCCGUAAUCUACCCAGCAAUAUUAUCCGAAGUAGCCAAGGUAUUCAAGGAAGCCAUAAUCUUAACAAUCAAUACAAAAGAUGGCUUGGAAUAUCAUGAUACUUUUACUGGAAAAAUGGCCGUUGAUAUAUUAUGCCGUAUUAUCAAGACAAAUGAUCGAAAUUUGGCCCUCUUGUUGGGGAGGACGUUGGAUGCGCAAAAGUUUUUCCAUGAUGUCACAUAUAACCAUCGUUUGCGAGAUUCAGUUCACGAAGUUUAUGCGUUUUCUCAUAUCUACAAUGAUGUUGAGUUUUACAAUGAAGAUGGGUCAACAAGCAAUGGGAACAAUAGUAAUGCACCUUCCAAGCAUGGUUCAUUUAGCGAUAGUCUCCAGUUGCAACAAGCUAUUCAAGACAACUUUUUGGCCCAGCAGCUUCCACAGCAUGUGAACCAGUCAUCAUCUGCCGAGUACAUGAAUUCCGGUCCACAAGUUAACAACAGGUUAAGCGGGGGUAAUAAUGCAUCAUCGGUGGCUGGGAAGAAACUUAGUGCGUCACAGCAAACUGGAGUCAAUGGUGUUUUCACAAUCUUGACCGAUUGUUAUUCACCAACAUGCAGUAGAAGUCAACUUUGUUAUAGUAUUGCUUGUCCUAGAAGGUUGGAGCAGCAAGCUAGGCUCAAUAUGAAACCACAAGGAGGGUUGAAAAGAGCAGUUUCGAGGCUUUCUUUACAUGACCAAGAGGAAAAUGAAACUUUGUGGCACAAGACUGUCCCCCAAUCAGUGUUGGAGAAACUAGACAAGCAUGAAAAGACGAGACAAGAGUUGAUUUAUGAAUUCAUUUACACAGAGCGUGAUUACGUGAAGGACUUGGAGUUUAUGACUGAUUUUUACAUUAUGCCAUUAAGGAACCCGGCUAAUAAUAUAAUCCCGGAGAACCAGAGGGAGAUUUUUAUCCAAACUGUGUUUGGUGGAGUUGGAGAUUUGUUAAGAUUGGGCAAGAGUUUUAGCGACGCAUUGACAAAGAGACAACAACAGCAGAAGCCAGUAGUUGAGACCAUUGGCGAUGUGUUCUUGGACCAUGUUGGUAACUUUGAACCAUUCAUUAGGUAUUCAGGAAAUAAAGUGUUUGCCACUUUUGAACAUGAACGCCAGCAACAAGUGAAUAUAAAGUAUGCUCGUUUUCUUGAUGCCAUUGAGAGGAAACCUGAAUCGAGAAGGCAGGACUUGUCAUCUUUUUUGAUAAAAGGUGUGCAAAGACCAGCGAGAUACCAGUUGUUAUUGGCGGGGAUCUUGAAGCAUACGAAACCAGAGAGUCCCGAUUACAAGUACCUUGUGAAGGCAAAGGAAGUCAUUGAGGCGCUUUUAGUGAAGAUUAAUAUCCAAACUGGUGAAAGCACCGAUCGUCAUAAAAUCAUGGUUUUGCAUAGACUCUUGGGCAAGCAAACUUUGGAAAACAAGUUUAAUUUCAAAUUGUCCUAUAAUAAUCGGAUUUUGUAUCAAGUUACGCUAAACCGAAAGCGUGAUAAUGAAAAGAUUGAUUUAUACUUGUUUGAACAUGCAUUGUUGUUGGUGAAGCAUAAAAUGCAAAAUAAGCGUGAACAACACAAGGUGUUUGAGAAACCCAUAUUGUUGCCAUUGUUGUUUGUCAAUAGCGGAUUUGAAGCUCCAACAAGCAGAACAUUGAUGAACUUUAGGUAUAAUGUCUCGCUUGUUUCCGACACCAGCUUGAAAAACCAGCGAACUGAAAGUAGUAAUUACAUUGGAAACACAUUGUCAUCAAACAAUACCAACAAGUUUCAGUUGAAUUUUCUUGGAUUGGGACGGAACCAAGUGCAUGCCUCGUUGUUUGCCGAAGAUCUGACAAUACAAAGUCAAGUAUUGCUGCAAAUUGCACAACAGCAAAGGAAACUCAUCGACGCUAAUGAUUUGUUUUCAAUGAGUAAGUACGAAACAAGAAGAUUUGCCGGUAAUAACAAAAUCAACUGUGCUGUGCCUUGUUAUGGUGGAAAGAAGUUGUUGUACGGUACUGAUUCUGGAGUAUGGGUGAGCACUGUUCGGUCAAUCAGUGCCACGUCGAAUGAAAAAAUCUGCUCUGAUCCGACAUUGGUUAUUUCAAAACCUUAUGUGACACAAAUUGAGGUUUUGGUGCAAUAUUCGAAGUUGUUGGUUUUGAGCGAUAAGGUAUUGUAUGAGUUUGACCUUGCAUGCACUGAUUCGUUGGAUCAUGUGAAAAACACUAAACUGGGUAAAUUGAUUAUGACACACAUUUCAUUUUUCAAAGUUGGUGUUUGCGAUGGGAAGUUGCUCAUCAUUGGUGCAAAGACUGGCUCGCAACAUGCCAUUUGUAUAUUUGAGCCAAUUAAUCCAUUUGAUCCCAAACAAAAGAAUCGAAACAAGAAUAAGAUUGAAAUACAAGAGAUUCAAUUUACAUCUGACCCAAUUUCGAUUUCAUUCAUGAAGAGUAAAUUGUGUAUUGGAUGUACCAAAGGCUUUGAGAUUUUAUCGCUCCAAUUGGGUACAAAGGAACCAAUUUUGGAUGAGGCUGAUCCAUCAUUAGACUUUGCAACUCAACGAGAAUCGGUUACACCAUUGGCAAUUUACCGACUAGGCAGAGAUGUGUUGCUUUGUUAUUCGGAAUUUGUGUUUUUGAUCAACAAGAAUGGCUGGAGGACAAACCACGACUGGGGGAUUUUUUGGGAAGGCACGCCGCAGAAUGUGGCAUUAUUCUUUCCAUAUCUUAUGUCGUUUGAACCGGGGUUUAUUGAAAUUAGAGAUUUACAUACAACAAACCUUGUGCGGGCAUUGGUGGGGGAGAAUAUCCGAUUCUUGCAUUCGAAUGAGCAUGAAGCAAUGUUUGCGUGUGAAGAAAAGGGCUACGAUAUAAUUAUCUCCAUUGAUUUCUUGAAUUUGAAACCGAAAUCGCCAAAUAGUUGA